GACUGCCGGCUCCGGCAGUCUCAGGUCAUGUGACCACCACCGCUCCGGGGUCUGCUCCGUCCCAGACCGGGGCAGACACUUCCAGGGGCCCCUUCUGCGAGGGGCAACAGCACACUGCCAGGCGUGGAGAGAUUAAUCAGUGACAGGAAGCUGCCUCUUCGGGAGCAGUGACCAGCUGUGAUCAGGACAGACUCUGCAAGGCCAGCUCCAGGAGUGUCCAGCUCCCUGCCUGCCGCUCACCUGCCUGCCGCUGCCAUGGGACACCUUGGGGCCCUCCUCUUCCUGCUGGGGGCUCUGGGGGCUCUUGCUGAUAUCUGCCACAUACCGGCAGUGGACAGCAAGCUGGUGCAGAGUCUGGGUCAGCGCCUCUUGCCCUGGUUGGACCAGCUCUCUCCAGAGUACCUGAACCCCAGUAUCUACGUGGGCCUGCGCCUCUCCAGCCUGGAGGCCAGCACCAAGGAGGCCUUCUACCUGCACAGCCUCAAGCUCCAUUACCAGCAAAGCCUCCUGGACGAUGACAGUGGUGACCUCCAGACCAAGCCCUCCAUGGGCCAGCUGGCUUUCUACAUGCUCGCUCUCAGGGCCAACUGCGAGUUCGCUGGAGGCCACAAGGGCAACAGGCUGGUCUCACAGUUGAAGCGGUUCCUGGAGGACGAGAAGAGGGCCAUCGGGCAUACUCACAAGGGCCAGCCCCACACCAGCUACUACCAGUAUGGCCUGAGCCUCCUGGCCCUGUGUCUCCACCAGAAGCGAGUCCAUGACAGCGUGGUUGGCAAGCUCCUGUACGCCAUGGAACACGACCACCAUCUUCACCAGGGCCACCAGUCUGUGGAUACAAUGGCCAUGGCAGGCUUGGCCUUCACCUGUCUGGAGCGCUCCAACCUCAACCCCAAUCUGAGAGACCGGAUCACCCUGGCCAUCAGGACAGUGAAGGGGAAUAUCCUGAAGGCCCAGACUCCAGAGGGCCCCUUUGGGAAUAUCUACAGCACCCCUCUGGCGCUGCAGUUGCUGAUGACCUCCCCUAUUCCUGGGGUGGAGCUGGGCACGGCAUGCCUCAAUGCGAGGGCUGCUCUGCUGGCCAGCCUGCGGGAUGGGGCCUUCCAGAAUGCUCUCAUGAUUUCCCAGCUACUGCCUGUCCUGAACCACAAGAGCUAUGUGGAUCUUAUCUCCCCAGACUGCCUGGCACCAAGAGUCAUGUUGGAACCAGCUACGGUGACCCUCUCACAGACUGAAGCCCCAGAGGUCAUCCAGGUCACGCUGACGGUCCCCAGUGUCUGGCCAAGAUACACACACUCCAUCCUUGUCCCUGCUGGGUCCUCCUUGGAAGAUGUCCUGAAGAAGGCCGGGGAGCUCGGAGGAUUCACGUAUGGAACACAGGCUUCCUCGUCAGGCCCUUACCUGACCUCCGUGAUGGGCAAAGAAGUAGGGGAACGUGAGUUCUGGCAACUGAUCCGAGCCCCCGACACCCCGCUGCUGCAAGGGAUUGCUGACUAUAGACCCAAGAAUGGAGAAGUCAUCGAGCUGAGGCUGGUCGUCUGGUAGCCCCCCAGCUCACCAACCCCAGCCGCCUCGAACAAUCUCUGUACUCCUGCCUUCCGUCCAGACAUCUCCGAAGCAGGCACGCGCCUGAUCCUACCUCCACCUCACGUGCACUUGGAGCCUCGUCCUCAGAUCACCCAGCCACCGCCCCUGCAAGUCUCCUGAGCCACCACCCACCUGGGAGAAGGGGGCCAAGCAUCUUCCUUGGAAUUUCUGUGACUGAGCCCGUGAAGGCCACUUGGGGUCUGCAGGGCACGAAGCAUCUCAGACUUCUUAGCACAGGAAGUCUGCUGGCCACUGGCAUUGAGUGCCACCUGCUCUGAGAUUAGGGUCCCACCAGGAGACCUGUAUGGCCCAGGGGCCGCAGCCCUGAGCCUACCUCUCCUGCGCACUGGCAGGCAGCGGCCCCAGAGCUCUCUGUGGUGUAUGUAGCAGCUGGCGAGGACCCUGAGGGGCUGCUCCAAGCCUCCCUUCAGGAUGAUUAAAGUGUUGGUUAAGCACGUG